UACUCAUCUCUUUCCUUCAUCUUCCCUCUACGUUUAACUCACCAACAGUCGUUCUUUCAUCUUUCAUCUCUGGUCGUUUACAAUGGCUCGCAACUUUGUGGAGCGGAAUGUUACAUUCUGGGGCAUGGUCGCCGCCGUCAUGGCCGCUUUGAAGCUCAAGGACCGCUGGGAUGGUUGUCAGUCCGAAGCAGAAGGCCUCGGCCAUGGUCCUGUCGCCUUGCACAGCCCCAUCGACCCAGAGUCUGGCAGGCAACUACCUAGCCUUGAUAUCGAUACCGAAAUUCCAGCCACUAGACCAAAGCGCAAGCACGCUAGAAACUGCUGUGUCUGCUGCGGUUUCCAGUGCGGUCUUUUCUGGAAGGCCUUUGGCAUCGUUUGCUUGUUGUUCCUUGGCUGGCAGGCCAUCGAGCUUGCAAUCUGGCUUAUCACACCCUCCCCGACUGGCCUGGAGGGAAUGCCCGCUUACAGCACCUCGCUCGGCUGCGCCGAUGCGAGACACAUCUACAAUCCUGAACAGACUAUUUACUCCAUUCCUAUUGGCGCGGAGGCUGAGCACACUGUGGACAUCCAGGGUGGCGCUUUCGGUACACUGCUGCUCGCAGAAGGCACGGCAGAUUCCCAAGACAUCCAACUCGAGAUGAUGCUGCGCACCGACAACAGCGCUCUCCUGGACUCCGUCUCUAUGCAAUACCCGACAUCUGAGGAUGUUCAAAGUGGUCUUGCCCAGAGCCAUCUCCUCCUCCAGACGCCUGCUGUAGGCUCGUCUUGCAUGCGCUACGACAUGGUUCUGCGUAUCCCGCCCAACCUUAAGGACCUCACUGUUAUGGCCUCCAGUAUCACCCAACUACAGUUCGACAAAGAUGCGCACGUCACACUCGACAGCCUGAACAUUCGCCUGCAGUCCACAGAAGACUCAGACAAGCACAUGUUGCUCCCCAACACCAACUUCCACGCAAAGAGUUUGGCUCUGGAGACCGUCAAAGGCUGGCUCGUCGGGGACAUCAGCAUCGUUGAACAGGCCUCACUUACCACAAGCCGAGGCGAUGCCGUAAUGAACGUGCACGUCCAUCCUCUAGCCGCUGCUGAAUCUGAGUCUGCGGUGCUGAACACCAAGACCGGCAACGGCCGCGCAGACGUCUUCUACGAGAGCGACGCGGGCGUGCCGCACCGCCAGAUCCAGAGCAAGCACCUGAGCUCGCGCACUGGCGAUCUGUACCUCACGUACAAGGACGCUGAAUUCAACGGCCGCGUGGACAUGCAGGCCAAGUCGUACUUUACCAGGGGUAUGACGCUCAACAACAACCGCACUUCUACGGAGCUGCCUUGGGUCGGCAAUAAGGAUGGCGGAGACCUGAUCCAUGCGGAAUCCACUCAGGGAUGGAUUGGGCUGUACUUCUAAGUUGUUUGCCCUCCAGCGGGCCCGGGGCCAGGUUCUGUCGUGGCUAUUCGAGCCGCUUUUAAUCGCUUUAGCUCGAUAGUUUGUCCCGUGGCCCACAAUUAUUAUGCUGGAUAGGUUGACUAAAAAAUGCUACAUCAAAGCGUAUACCUUCAU